AAAACAACUAGAUGGAGUCUGCAAAAUCCUUGUAAGAGAACUUGCGAGACAUAAUUACCAUUUCAGCUGUGUUUACGGCUAGUAUGCCUCUUGUAGCAUAUCCAUGCGCACCGGACAGAACUCUGUCGUUCUUAUACCCGAUUCCAUCAAUUCAUCUUAGUUCUACUCAGUCAUAUGCAGCUCAAAAUGCCCAUUACCAAAUACCCAAACCCAGCAAAAUUUUACUCGCAUCUUCUCAAAUCAUCCCAGACCCACUUCACCCCAAGUCUUGUAAAACCCUGGGCUACUCUUCUUCGAAAAAUCUUCAAAACCACAACCAUUUUUCAACCGAAGAAACCUCCAAAUACCGACCUUGUAAGUUUUUCGCCACUUGUUCACCAGGUCUAGAGGAAGUGGUUGCAGCAGAAUUAGCUUCUCCAUUGGUUGGAGCUUCAUGGAUCAAAGAAGGAUCAGGCGGGGUUAAUUUUGAAGGCACAAUUGCAACUGGGUACAAGGCAAAUCUAUGGCUCCGAUGUGCAAUUAGAGUUUUACUCGAGCUGGGUCAUGCAGAAAUGUCCAACAGAGAUAGGGACCCUGUUUAUAGCUUUGUAAGAAAUGCUGUGGAUUGGCCUCAAUAUCUAGCCUCAAGCAGCCUGAAAAAAUCUGGCCUGAAGGCUUGGAAAUUCAGGUCAUUUGCAGUUCAGAGCAGGGUUUGGGAUUGUACACGUGUCACAAAUUCAAUGGCAGCAUCCACCAGAGCCAAGGACGCAAUUUGUGAUGCGCUUAGAAAUGCGUGCAAUAAUAGGAGGCCUGAGCCACCAGAGGGGGGAGGGGCUAUGGCUGAUGUGCCCUUGUUUUUGUCACUUUACAGGGACUCUGCUACUAUUUACAGAGACAUGAGUGGCAUCAGUUUGCACAGAAGAGGAUAUAGGGCUGCAAUGCACAAGGCUAGUUUGAGUGAAGCUGUUGCUGCUGGCAUUCUUACUCUUGCUGGAUGGAAUACUAGGGUUCAAGGUUUAGGGUAUGCAAAUAAGAAUGGUAAUCUUAGAAGUUUGGAGAAUAUGGUUCUCUUGGAUCCAAUGUGUGGGUCUGGCACUUUUUUGAUCGAGGCUGCAUUGAUGGCAGCUAACAAGGCUCCUGGGAUGAUGAGGACCACUUGGCCUUUUAAGUUAUGGCAUGACUUCAAUCCAGUAAUGUGGAGAGAGUGUUGCGAAAAUGCAGCCUCAGCAGAAACUGAAAUGCCCAAGGGGCUUAGAAUUUUGGGGAAUGACAAACAUGAGGGUGCUUUAUCUUUAUGUGCCAGGGAUGCUGAAGCUGCUGGUAUAAAGUAUACCCUUGAAUUGAGCUGCAAGGAUUGUAGAGAAUACAUUCCAAGUGUAACUCCAUCUCUUGUGGUAGUCAACCCUCCAUGGGGUUAUCGCCUUGGCAAUGCAGGUGAAAAUGAUGAUGAAGACGUGGAAUCUACAUGGCAAGCUUUGGGACAGUUUUCAAAGCAACAUUGCAAUUGUGCAGAUAUGUAUAUUUUAAGUGGCAGGUCAACUGUAACAAGAGAGUUGCGCAUGAAGGCUGAUAAAAAAUGGCCUAUAACAAUGGGAGGCAUAGAUUGCCGGUUGUUACACUAUUAUGUGUUGCCUCCCAAAGUUGGCAUCAAUACAGAUUAUGAACAAGUCAGCGAGGUUAAAAAAGCCAUUGCAAGAUGAGCCAAUGUAUCUUGACCUUACAGAUGUCAUGUUACCCCAGUAAUAACUAGCUUCUGAAAUCUUUGAGAUGGUAUGGAUUUCCUGCUGUGAUGCAAGUUAUGCAACUUUCAGGAGUUUGUUUGCCAGCACGCCAAUGUGGUAACUUGGGAGCCUGUUUUUAAUCUCUAGGAUCGGAUUGUAACUUUUGUUGACAAUUUCAAAAAAGUUACUAGCCAUUUGCGUCUCCAUCAAAAGUGCCAGGCAAUGGAGUGGCCAUUUGUUCCUGUUCAAGUACAUGACGGAUGCAUUAAAAUUUUACUCUUCAAGGAAGUAUUUGUAAAAUGACACUGUAUAAUGCAAUCUUGUUAUAUUUUAAGGGUUGUAAUAGAAGUUUUACCUUUUUCUCUUAUCGAAAUUUGCUAUGUAUUUUUUCCUA